GCACGCUUCCUUCGUCCGUCGCGUACUGCUGCGAGUUGCGUUACGGCGAGCUACAAGCCGACUGCCGUGUUAACAGGUACUAUCGAUCGUUGGAACGAAGAGCGAAUGACGUAGAAAAUCAACAACCGCGUAACCGAGCAACGCAUCAGAGAUCGCGUCAGCAGGGACAACCGUCAAGUAGUAAUUGCGUGUGAUUGGGAUAUACGCUUGCGGAGAUCCAACAAAUCCGGUUCGAUUGCUAUAUUCAACCGCUAUUCAACCGUUGUCUCCGCCGAGUCUAUAAAGCGACGAAGGUAACCUGUACAUGGUUUACGGUGGUAAUCUUCGGAUCGUUUCCCCGCAUUCGCAUUAUCAUGGGCAACGAGGAGGUAGAUAUAAUUAGCGUCGCGCAGAAACCCGAGAAGAAAAGUUUGCUCGAGCGGUACAACAUACCAGUCGGCCAUCUCUCGUACGAAUUUAUAUCGCAGUGCACCGAUGGAAAAACAUUGGAGCGAAUCGUUCUUAUCUUGCGUUCUGGCGAAGAAGGAACAUAUCCAGAUUUGACGAGGCAUGCCGAGGAACGUCUCGCUAGGAUUAAACCUACGAGCGUCGUUUUGAGAAAGGCGGAGCCAGUUUUGAGGCGAAGUAUGCUAAAUGCGGAUGAACGACAGGAAAUUGACGACGACAUAAGCAAUUGGAUGUGCGAGAUGCAAACUCGCGAAAAGGAACUAGAUGAAGGAAAAACCACCCUUAUCAACGACUCCUAUUCACAGCCGGAGAUUCGGAAGAUUAAACCGAAUAUUGUAAAAGAUAAAAAAACGAGCGUCAACGGAAAGAAGCGCAAUAAACCCAAACGAAUAUCGUCAUGCGACUAUGCAGCUUGGGAUAAAUACGAUGCCGAUACAGAGAUAAACAGAAUAGAUCUGCAGGAUGAGCAGCGACAGGCCGAAAUGAAGAGAAUCCAAGAUCGGCGAAAGAAGCUGGAUGAAACGAAUAAGACAGCACAUAAAACAACAGUGGAUAAACGUUCAUUAACCAGUACGGAAGUGAACGUAAUGGCAGCCCAAGAAAGAGAAAAGGGAAAUGAAGCCUUCAGAGCGGCUGAUUACGAGGAAGCUCUUCGACAUUACAAUGCUAGCAUCGAGAUUGACUCAAAUCUAAAUGCUUAUAAUAAUCGCGCUAUGACGUUUAUUAAACUGCAGCGUUACGAGGACGCGCUUAAUGACUGCAAUACGGUACUUAGCAUGGAUUACAGAAAUGUCAAAGCGCUUCUUCGCCGGGCAUUAUCCUUGGAGCAUCUUGAAAAUACGCACGAGGCAUUGGCCGAUUAUGAAUCUGUUUUAAAAUUGGAACCAACUAACAAAACAGCAAUAUCCGGUGUGAACAAGCUGAGAAAAUCACGUGAAUCGAGAAAAAUAAGAAUGAAGAUCGAAAAUAUCAACGACAGCGAAGACAAGGCCGAGCGAAUGAAAUUGGAGAGAAUCGUGAAAACGAACAGCACUGAGUGUCCGAAACGGCGUGUUAACAGCGAUAUAUGUUAUUGCGACAGAGCGCCAGGCUCUUCGCGAAGUGUUGCGACGAUGCCGCACAUAAAAACGAGUUACUGCGUGGAAACCGAGAGCAACAAAGCAGCACCAGCGGCGGAUGCCGCGUCCAAUAAAAGCAAGGGAAGAACAGCACGAGAUUCUGCGAGCGACAAUAAAUUAUCACCUGUUGCAAAAGAUUUCGGCAGCAAAAAUAAAACAUCAAAAUUGCCAGAUAUUAUCAGAAGUGAUGACAUUUUCACGAUUUCUCACGACUCAUUUUUCAGAUCACGUGACGUAGAAGGCAGCCUAAAAAAGUCUAUUUUUUCAUGCAUAUCAUCACCUCAUAAGACAAAACCUUCCACAGUUAUUAUCGAAGAACUACCGAGUGACGAAACGUGCAAAGAACCGAAGAGUCUGAAAGAAGAGAAAAAUACCACUAAAAAAAUCAUAUGCAAGUAAAAUAAGGAAUUAAUCUCCCCUAAAAAGGAAAAUAAAACUAAACCGGAUUUAACGCCGAACAAAGUUCAAACAGCUAACGAAUGUGAAAAACGAGGAAAAAUUCGCUAUUCUAACGAAACAAGCAUGGAAAUGAAAAAAGAGACUAGAUUGAAAAAAGAGGAAGAUGACAUAUCAACAAAAAAAUCGGAUGUCGAGAAGAAUAAAAACGUAGCUUCUCCUGGGAAAAAAAAUAAAACGAAAACGAAUACAACAUUGAAUAAGAUUCACACAGUUAACGAGAAUCGAAAAGAAAACGAAAAAUUGGAAAUGGAUCUUCAGAAACUGAAGAACAUCGAAUCUCCUUACGAAUUUAUACGUUUGUGGCAAUCCUUAAAGAACAAUGAUAACUUGAAGUUACACGCGAAACUUUUGCGAUGUAUAGCACGCGAAGAUAUAGAAAAAAUUAUAGGCAAUAAAUUGGAUGCAGCAAUGUUCAGUCUUAUAUUGCGUUGCUUGGAGCAACAAUUCUGUACAUCAAAAGACACAGAGUUGCUCGUAAACCUAUUAUACUCUUUAAGCCGAUUGAAUCGGUUUUCCAUCGUUCAUAUGUUUAUGGAUUCCGAAGAUAAAAAAGUUCUAAAAAAUAUAUUACAUUUCUUGGAGAAAGAGAAGUCACCGAAAAUUUCGCAAUUACGUCAAAUUUAUGUUACUUGAAGAU